CAUUUUGAGAAUUUGUGCCAAUCGAUGCCUAUUCCAUACUUCUGUAUAAUAAUUCAUACGAAGUACAUACUCAAAUAACUUCGUGGCAGCACAUCUGAGCGCACCGAAUAUUUGCAUCGGGUGCUGCAACUGGAAAUUAAAUCUGACAACAAGGGACCCACGUUUCGUAGAAGCGGUGUUUCUUUCGAUUCAUUCCAUUUUCAGGGGUGGCCAACCAAGGAAAGAGGAUAAAAAAAUAGGACACCCUAGACAAAACAAGGCCCCAGCUGAAAAAAAAGGAAGGACUCGCAAAUUGUGUCCCGUUUUAAGAACCAGGAAACCCUCCUAGCAGCUAAUAUCCGGUUCCAUUCACCCCGUCACUAUGGACGCCGAUAUCAGAGCCGCUAUUCCGGAUAUCGACCCCGUCGUCUCCGAGUAUUCGGUAGGCUAUCUCAGACAUGCUUCUACUGCAUGGGUUGGCGAUGAGGAGUCCUCUGCCCUAUCACCCUUAGCUGAAGCCGCUGCUGCUAUCACCGAGCUUCUACUCUCGGCUUCUGGAGAUGCAGCUGGUACCAACCAGGACAAGAUUCGUUCGCUCGUCUCCAAGUGGGUAGACAAGUAUGAAGAAGCUAACAGCGGUAAUGGAGAAAGGCGUGGUCCGUCCGCCGUGAAGCGACUUGACCAAGCCAUCCAGGUCGGUGCUCAACGGAACAUGUCGUCAACACUAGCCGUCGCCACCGGAAGCGUCGAUCUGGAGUCCGCCAAUGCCCGUAAGGUGGAGUCUAAGGUUGACCGAAAGAAGCUCGAGAAGGCCGAGCGCAAGAUCGCCGCUAAGCAGAGCAAGAAGCAGUUCAAGACGGUUGAGUAUGAGGCUUCCAGGCUACUCAACCAAGCCGAGAACGCCCAGAGCUAUGAAGAGUUUUACAUGGCCGUCAACCCUCUGCAGCUUGGUUCUAAUUCCGGUGCCAGCAAGACUAAAGAUAUCAAGAUUGAAAAUGUUGAUGUCAGCAUUGGUGGUACCAGAAUCUUAAUGGAUACAGAUUUAACACUCGCCUAUGGACACCGUUACGGUUUGGUUGGUCACAACGGUGUUGGUAAAUCUACGUUGCUUAGAGCACUUUCUAGGCGAGAACUGCCUGUUCCAACACACAUAUCUAUUCUUCACGUCGAGCAAGAGAUUACUGGUGAUGACACAUCUGCUCUACAAGCUGUUUUGGAUGCCGAUGUUUGGCGAAAGGUGUUACUCAGAGAGCAAACAGAUAUCACAGCACGUUUAACCGAAAUUGAGACCCAGAGGUCAUCUAUGGCAGAUACUUCUGCAGAUGCCGCGAAGUUAGACCAUGACCGAGAGGCUCUUGACCAGAAGCUUGGAGAAAUUCAAGCGAAGCUAGCAGAGAUGGAGUCAGACAAAGCAGAGUCCAGGGCGGCUAGUAUCCUCGCUGGUCUCGGUUUCUCUCCAGAACGUCAACAAUUCGCUACCAAGACAUUCUCCGGUGGUUGGCGUAUGCGUCUAGCCCUUGCCAGAGCUCUUUUCUGUGAACCUGAUCUACUACUUCUCGACGAACCGUCUAACAUGUUGGACGUCCCGUCUAUUACCUUCCUUUCGAAUUACCUCCUCACAUACCCAAGUACUGUUCUGGUAGUCAGUCACGACAGAGCUUUCCUAAACGAAGUCGCGACAGAUAUCAUACAUCAACACUCAGAGCGUCUCGAUUACUACAGAGGAGCGAACUUCGAGUCUUUCUACGCCACAAGGGAAGAACGUAAGAAGACAGCGAAGAGAGAAUACGAAAACAAUUUGGCUCAACGCCAACAUUUGCAGGCCUUCAUAGACAAGUUCCGAUACAAUGCCGGCAAGGCUGCCGAGGCGCAGUCGCGUAUCAAGAAAUUGGAACGCAUGCCGGUGCUUGAGCCGCCAGAGACAGAAUACAGCGUCAAAUUCCAUUUCCCAGAUGUGGAGAAGCUCUCACCACCAAUCGUGCAAAUGUCAGGUGUCACCUUUGGAUACACACCGGACAAGAUCCUCCUUAAAGAUGUGGAUCUUGAUGUCCAGCUCGAUUCGCGUAUUGGUAUCGUCGGUCCCAACGGUGCUGGUAAAACAACUAUCCUCAAGCUACUUAUCGGCAAGCUAUCACCUACGAAGGGUACUAUCUCGCAACACUCACGUCUACGCAUCGGAUUCUUCGCACAGCACCACGUGGACGCGCUAGACCUAACUAUGAGCGCGGUCAGUUUCAUGUCCAAAACGUACCCCGGCCGCACAGACGAAGAAUAUCGACGCCAACUGGGCGCCUUCGGUAUUACCGGUACAACCGGUCUCCAGAAAAUGGAAGUUCUAUCCGGAGGUCAGAAAUCGCGUGUAGCAUUCGCCUGUCUCGCACUCACGCAACCGCACAUCCUGGUUCUUGACGAACCGUCCAAUCACUUGGAUAUCGAGGCUAUGGAUGCGUUAGCGGAGGCACUGCAGGAGUUCCAGGGUGGUGUAUUGAUGGUAUCUCACGAUGUUACGAUGUUGCAGACCGUGUGUAACAGUUUGUGGGUUUGUGAGAAUGGAACGGUUUGGAAGUUCCCUGGAGACGUCCAGGCGUAUAAGAAGAGGAUUGCGGCGCAGGCUGAUGCUGCGGGUGUGGUUAAGGCGCAUUAAGGGGUGGGAUGUGUAGAUGAGAUGAUAUGAUUUGAAAUGAAAAUGAAUAUACGUCAAUGCUAUGACUCUGUGAAAUUACAUUGGCAAUCUGAUGACCUACCUACUAAUCGGACGUCAAAUGGAUAUCACGGCGCAUAUAUACCAUAGGCAUGUAUUGGCUGUAACUUCAUGUUACAGUCCGCUCUCCUAAACUACCUCCUAGGCAGUUCAGUCUCUUAGUUCGUCAUGUUAAGUUGUUCUAUCA